GGAGGCUGCCGCGGGGGUCGGCGCCAGAGUCCGGGAUCCGGGCCGCAGUGCUGACCGAGUGCUGGACCUCCGGCCGUCCGGUGCACCGCGGCCUGUGCACGCGCCCGCUGCUCAGGGUCCCAUAGGCCGAGGCGCGGGCGGCUGACGGAGGCCGGUGGGGUGGGCGGAGGGAGGCCAGGAAGGCGUGGGCGCCCAGUGCACGGAGCAGGCGAAGGCGGCCGGGGGCGGGGCGCCAUGUCUAUGGAGGACCCCUUCUUUGUGGUGAAAGGGGAGGUACAGAAAGCAGUCAACACUGCCCAGGGGUUGUUUCAGAGAUGGACAGAGCUCCUCCAGGACCCCUCCACAGCAACAAGGGAAGAAAUCGACUGGACCACCAACGAGCUGAGAAACAACCUCCGGAGCAUAGAGUGGGAUCUAGAGGACCUUGAUGAAACUAUCAGCAUAGUUGAAGCAAAUCCUAGAAAAUUUAACCUCGAUGCAACUGAAUUGAGUAUAAGAAAAGCCUUCAUUACAAGUACUCGGCAAGUUGUCAGGGACAUGAAGGAUCAGAUGUCAACUUCAUCUGUGCAGGCAUUAACUGAAAGAAAAAAUAGACAGGCACUGCUGGGAGAUAGUGGCAGCCAGAACUGGAGCACUGGAACAACAGAUACGUAUGGGCGCCUCGAUCGAGAGCUCCAGUUAGCCAAUUCCCAUUUCAUUGAGGAGCAGCAGGCACAGCAACAGUUGAUUGUGGAACAGCAGGAUGAGCAGUUGGAGCUGGUCUCUGGCAGCAUUGGGGUGCUGAAGAACAUGUCCCAGCGCAUCGGAGGAGAGCUGGAGGAACAGGCAGUCAUGCUGGAUGAUUUCUCUCAUGAGUUGGAGAGCACUCAGUCUCGGCUGGACAAUGUGAUGAAGAAACUUGCAAAGGUGUCUCACAUGACCAGUGACCGGCGCCAGUGGUGUGCCAUAGCCGUCCUCUUUGCAGUCCUGUUGCUCGUGCUGAUCCUCUUCUUAGUGCUGUGACGUGGGGCCGUGGUGUGAGUUCCUCCUGCACGUGAAGCGAGGGAGGAGGAGAAGCGAGCGCACGUCAGCUGCCGUCCACUUGCGCCCUCCCCCAGGAGCAUCCUGCUGCACUGACUUUUCUGUGUGCCUCCACAAUUGAGACAGCUCCACCGUCCCAGUGCUGGGAGGGCUGGUGGGAAGAGGAAAGCGAUGACGACGGAAGCCCCAUGCCGCCUGUCCUGUUUUGAGGGCAGGUAGCCACUGCUUUGCCUCCCUGGACUUCAUUGCCUGAGGAGGGACUCUGAGUAAUCCAGAAAAAUUAGCAGGCUCGCUAGUGUCUUGCUGUUGCUCAUCCCAUAUAUCUUUGGCAGCUCUUUUCUGCUCAGACCCUUGCCCCUGCUCAAACAGCGCACACUGUCCCAUCAGGAGAACCCUGUCAGGAAUGCGGGCUUCUGGGUAUGUCUUGUUUACCAUUGCUGUGGCAUUUUUUAGCCCCUGAGAGCUGAUUAUUAAUAAGGACAGAAGGCUCCAAAGUAGUUUGUGACAGAAAAUGCAGUGUUUCAUUUUUCAGGGAUAAGUGUAUCAUGAAAUUGCUUUUCCAGGUGCAUUUUUUUGUGGUAGGAAUAACUAAUGGAAAAUAAUGAAAUACCCUGAGGCUUGGGGUUGGUAACAACUUGUGGCUUUAAUUGACAGGAGCAAUUAAAGAGAGCAAGAGGACCCUGCGUUGGCAAAGUUUAAGGAAGGGUCAGUGAUGUCACCAGAGGUCAGGGCCAGAGCCUUGCCAAGUUCAUGUUGCUGUAUCAGGGCUUCCUCCCAGAGAGGCAACUUGCAUUUUUAGGGUGACUUAGCUAUAUUGCUGCUAAACAGCUCAGCAGCACACUUGAAUGAAUUAGGAUACUGGAUUAUCCUCAUCAACAGUUAUUGUAUUCCUGUGGCACUCUAUGUUGGGGGGAUGGGAUUGGGAGUGGUUAGUACAUUUAUUACAUUUACUCACUAACCAUAUG